AAAAGACUGACAAAAGACAAAAAAAAAAAAAAAGAAACCUCACCCUAACUCACUUUGCUUUUUAUUAUUAUGACCUCAGGCAUUUGAUUGACAUAUCUUAAAUAUUUUUUUAUGUGAUAUGGAUGUAUAAGAGCUUUAUUGAUUUUUUUUUCCUUCCAAAAUUACAACUAAACAGAGUUAAAAUUGACUUUUUUUAUUUUUUAUUUUUUUGAGGAACAGAAAAUUUGUCACAAUGGCAAUGGACAAUGAUUUUGGUGUGAAGGGCAGCAGCAUCAUCAGGGAAUGGAGUGGACAGGUCCAGCCUGCUCUAGUAGCCUCCUUCGUUUUCCUCUUCUGUCUGGAAGCCUGUCUGUGGGUCAGGAACCUCCGACUCAAGAGAAGACUCCCGGGACCCUUCGCCUGGCCUGUGGUGGGCAAUGCCAUGCAGCUGGGACAAAUGCCCCACAUAACCUUUGCAAAGCUAGCCAAAAAAUAUGGCAAUGUGUACCAAAUACGUCUAGGAUGCAGCGAUAUUGUGGUUCUGAAUGGAGACAGGGCAAUACAUCAGGCGCUCAUACAGCACAGCACAGAGUUUGCAGGCAGACCAAACUUUGUCUCUUUCCAGAUGAUCUCUGGAGGCAGGAGUUUGACAUUUACUAAUUACAGCAAACAGUGGAAAGCGCACAGGAAAAUAGCCCAGUCCAGUCUCAGAGCCUUUUCCUCUGCAAACAGUCAGACCAAAAAAGCCUUUGAGCAACACAUUAUAGCCGAAGCCAUGGAGCUGGUGCAGGCAUUUUUGCGUCACAGCACUGCUGGAAGGUAUUUUGACCCGGCUCAUGAGCUUACAGUAGCUGCUGCUAAUAUCAUGUGCGCUCUCUGCUUUGGGAGGCGAUACGGACACGAGGACCUGGAGUUCAGGUCCCUGUUAAAAAAGGUGUACAAGUUUGGAGAGACAGUAGGGGCAGGUAGCUUGGUAGAUGUAAUGCCAUGGCUUCAGUCCUUCCCUAACCCCGUCCGAAGUGUCUAUGAGAACUUCAAAAACCUCAAUGAGGAGUUUUUUGCCUUUGUGAAAAAUAAAGUCGGGCAGCACAGGGAGUCCUUCAACCCUGAUGUGACCAGGGACAUGAGCGACGCCAUCAUCAAUGUGAUUGAACACAGAAACGACAGCGGACUGACCAAAGAGUUUGUCGAAGCAACUGUCACAGAUCUGAUUGGAGCAGGUCAAGACACAAUAUCAACUGUCAUGCAGUGGGUCGUGCUGCUCCUUGUCAAAUAUCCAGACAUGCAAACCAAACUGCAGGAGCUCAUAGACAAAGUGGUGGGUCGAGACAGGCUGCCAUCAGUUGAGGACAGAAGCAGCCUGGCAUUAUUGGACGCCUUCAUCUAUGAGACCAUGCGCUUCACCAGCUUCGUCCCCGUCACCAUCCCACACUCCACAACCUCUGACGUCACUAUCGAAGGUCUCCACAUCCCCAAAGAUACGGUGGUCUUCAUCAAUCAAUGGUCUGUAAACCAUGACCCUCUGAAGUGGAAAGACCCACAUAUCUUUGACCCCUCACGCUUCCUAGAUGAAAAUGGGGCCCUCGAUAAGGACAUAACCAACGGCGUGAUGAUCUUUUCGUCGGGUAAGAGACGCUGUAUCGGUGAUCAAAUCGCCAAGGUGGAAGUGUUUUUAUUCACAGCGGUCUUGCUGCACCAAUGCAGCUUUGAAAGCGACCCUUCUGAACCCCUCACCCUUGACUGCUCCUACGGGCUCACGCUGAAGCCGCUGCGAUGCUGUGUCAGCGCCAAGCUCAGGGGAAAGCUGCUUGGCUUGGUUUCCCCGGCAUGAACAGCAUGUCCUGAUACUGUGACUCAAGGCCAGCUAACACACCACCAAUGACACAAAGUGAGUAUUAACAUAGAGUACCUGCAAAGAUCCUACUGUUGCAAGAUUUUCAGAUAUAAUAAUGAUAUUUAAUGGAUAUCUAAACACAGACUGUAUAUGAAGUAUUGAUGUUGAUUGAAGAUUUAAGGUUAGCUACAAGACUGUGGACCAUCACGAUCAGGGCAAAGGUAUUAAUUUCUCCUAAAAAAAUACUCUAUACUUGAUCAGAUGUAUGUAAUCCUGAGUUGUGUGUUUGUUUUACAAUCACUAUUGAGCAUGUACGUGUAUGGUGUGAGUGCAGGAAUUAACUACUUUCUUUAACAGUCAAACUAAUAUAACUGUAUAUAAAGUGCUUGUGAAUGUUAUGAAGUCACUUGAUGACUUGUUGUUCUCAACUGUAAUAUGUAAGAAUAUAUUUAACCGUUGUCACGCAAAUCAGUAACAAAAUAUUUUUAUAAUUUCAGGUAUGACAAUAAAUGUAAUGAAAUUUAAUGUAUUUCACUAUCUACUGUACUCAAAAUGGACACAUUGAAGACAGAAUGCUGAUCAGAGUGUAAAGAAAACAAACAAAAAAGGCUGGCAUCUUUGAAAAGCAGGAAAUCUUUUCAUCAAGGAAUGUUCAUCACAAUCUUGAGGAUGAAGAGGAGACUUUAGCAUUAACCAAGACUUCGCAAAGUUUAUGCACCCAGGGUUCAGUUUUACUGUACAGGCAAUGCAGCUACUCACUGCCAAACACACACACAUCUCACCAGUAUUAAAAAAAAACAGAAAAAAAUCACGUGCACCAAAUUUCUGUCAAUGAUGAGGCAUUCUCAAAAACAUGCUUGUUUACAAAGUAACGUCUUCAAAGCUACAUGGAUGUCACUGCACUCUCUUUAAACCUCUGCAUUCAGGAAUUGAUGUUGCAACACCCAAGGGAUGUGUUUCUCUGUCUGUGUAAAGGCAACAAAUUAAACUUAGUCAGCUUUGGAUGUUUAAGCAUUCACUAUAGAGGAUAUUUUGUUAUCAAUGUGUUGGAUUUAUAUGAUGGAAAAAUAAGCUAUAUCUGAUAUUAAUAAAGUGAACUGUCAACAGUCUAUGUGUCCGGGUAUUUUUUUUAU